AUGUCAGUGGUGAUAAAUAUCAAUGAUAAGGUUCCGACGGAAGAACACGCAGUGAGAGUGUGCGUGUGCCGUGUCCCGAAAUCCUUGAGUUGCGGCAAACCAGAAGCUUUCGUCCCUCACUUUCUGGGCCUUGGACCCUACCAUCAUAACCGUUUUGACCUCACCAUGACAGAUGAACUCAAGUUAGCUGCAGCAAUGAGGAUCCGCAAACACGCCUUCGAAAUCCGCGUCUCCGAUGUUCAACCUUUCUAUCACCAAGAUGCCUUCAACUCCUUUUACUACAAGGACGAGAAGCUCCUCCAUGAUAUCACCGUCGAUGGAUUAUUCUUGCUGGCUUUACUUGAGAGGAGUGUUGAUGCGCAACCUCAACAAGACCGUUACUUCUUAACGGGAAAACACGGCAUGCCCCUGGUAAACGCUUUUGGUGUAGAGUUAACCAUGGACGCUAUCAUCAGGGACGUUUUCAAGCUCGAGAACCAAAUUCCCACUCAUGUUCUUGAGCAGAUCAACCAAGUCAGCUGCCAAGACCAAGUUCACUCACAGGAUUUCGGGGCAAAAAUGCUAAGUUUCUGUCAAAACCACUGUCCACUCGUCAACUCGGAAAAACUCUCCGAAAAAGCAGAAAAGCAUGAUCAUUUGUUGGAUCUUAUGUACAAUUUGGUAGCACCUAAGCCUCCUCAGCCAAAGACAGAGAAGACUGAGAAAACCAAGUCUAUUGCUAAGCCCAAUGGUAAGGACAAGGUAGAGAGUCCAGAAAAAGAAAAGACUGUGAAGCCCGAGUCUUCAGCUAAGUCGAAGGAUAAUAUAGACAACGCAGAAAACCCAGACAAAGAGAAGAUUGCGAAGCCCGAAUCUUCGGUUAUCUCCGAGGGUAAUACGGACAAUGCAGAAAGCCCAGAUAAAGAGAAGUCUGCGAAGCUCGAGUCUUCGGGUAUGCCGGAUGGUAAUACGGACAACAAAGCAGCAGAGAGCCAAGUUGAGAGCGAUAAUGGGACACAAAACAGAUGCUGUUCCAUAUGCUUUAACAUAAUUGUGUUUAUCGGGGUCGUAUGCCUUCUUUUGUGGUAUUUGGUUUAUUUUAUCUCGCUACCAAUUUUUUGGGUCUUACGUUUUCUAUAUGGUAUACUUAAAAUGGUGUCGUCAUUUUUUGUGAAACUGUCAACUUCCUGUCUCAGUAUGGUUGAUAGCCCUAUUGAUGUACUACCCCAGUCUCAAAAAGACAAAUUGUCACCGUUCCUCGAAAAGGUUAAGCAAACAAAUGACAUACUGAAGGAAUUCUCGGGGAAAAAGGAUGCAGGACCCGCAGUAACAAUCCCAUCCGUUACAGAACUCAAUGAUGCUGGGAUCCACUUCGAACCCGCGAAAGGUGGCAUCGAAGACCUUAAAUUCAGCGCGGUAACCUGUAAAUUCUCUUUGCCAGUUAUCAAAUUGGAUGGGAACUCAGAAGUGAUAAUGAGAAACUUGAUGGCCUACGAGUCAUUGACUAGACCCACCUACUUAAUCUUCUCAAGGUACGUUGAAAUAAUGAGAGCUAUUAUAGACACUCCUGAGGACGUGCAUCUGUUGGUUGAAAACAAAAUAAUCAUUGACACUGAGCUCAGUAAUAAAGUGGUGGCGGAUCUUUUCAAUGGGAUGAGCACAUCCAUUAGACCUACCAACACUCCUGAACUGGAAAUAGAGAUUAAGAAAGUCAACGCCAAGUUCGAGAGUAGCCAGUGGCUACAGAAGAUGGUGGAGAAGUACGUGUAUUCUUCAUGGAAAAUCCUGACAGCUAUUGCGGCUCUUUCAUUUUUGGUUCUGACGGCUGUGCAAACCUACUGCUCUAUUUACGCCUGCUCUUCUCGUUCCGCCUCAUACCUUGGCAAUCUGCCUCCAGAUUCUGGUCAUGGUUUCAUAAGUUCUAUGUAA